AACGUCGUGGAGCACGAGGAUCACAUGGUACAGUUUGGGCCAAUGGGAGAUCUGAGAGGUCAGGUAAUCGUAUCAGCAGAUUAUGAGGAGAGAGAAAACCGAGAGAAAGAAUAGGAACACGUACAAGGCUGACACACCGGGGGCAGUGCGGUAGAAGUGUGUUCUUGGGCCGUACACCACACUGACAGGAGACAGUGUAAUUUUACACGACUACCAAACUCCCGGACACUGCAUUCUUGUUAAGUAAGGGUACCUCUGAGCAGCCAUGUCGGCCAAAGCCAUCUCCGAGCAGACGGGGAAGGAGUUCCUCUACAAGUACAUCUGUACCUCGGCUGCCGUGCAGAACCGCUUCAAGUACGCCAGCGUGACGGCCGACACCGACUGGGACCGGCUCACGCAGGACCACCCCUGGCUGCUCACUGAGCGGCUGGUGGUGAAGCCAGACCAGCUGAUAAAGCGGCGGGGGAAGCUGGGCCUGGUGGGCGUCAACCUGGACCUGAGUGGCGUGCAGGAGUGGCUGAAGGCACGCCUCAUGAGGGAGACGACGGUGGGAAAGGCUAAGGGUGUCCUGAAGAAUUUCCUCAUUGAGCCAUUUGUAGCCCACAAACAGGAGGAGGAGUUCUACGUGUGCAUCUACGCCACGCGCGAGGGAGACCACGUGCUCUUCCACCACGAGGGCGGAGUGGACGUGGGGGAUGUGGACGCCAAAGCCCAGAAGCUCCUGGUGGGAGUGGAUGAGAAGCUGAGCGAGGAUGAGGUGAAGAGCCAGCUGCUGACCCACGUGCCCCCGGAUAAGAAAGAGAUUCUGGCCAGCUUCAUAGUGGGGCUCUUCAAUCUGUAUGAGGACCUAUACUUCACCUACCUGGAGAUCAAUCCCCUGGUUGUCACCGCGGAUGGUGUGUUUGUGCUGGAUAUGGCGGCCAAAAUCGACGCUACCGCUGACUACAUCUGCAAGGCCAAGUGGGGGGAUGUGGAGUUCCCACCACCGUUUGGAAGGGAAGCUUACCCUGAGGAGGCCUACAUCGCUGACCUGGAUGCCAAGAGUGGUGCCAGCCUCAAGCUCACUUUGCUCAACCCAAGUGGGAGGAUCUGGACCAUGGUGGCUGGGGGAGGGGCAUCAGUGGUGUACAGUGACACUAUAUGUGACUUGGGUGGAGUGAAUGAGCUGGCCAACUACGGGGAGUACUCGGGGGCGCCCAGCGAACAGCAGACCUACGACUAUGCCAAGACCAUUCUGUCACUGAUGACUCGAGAGAAGCACCCAGACGGAAAAGUCCUGAUCAUUGGAGGAAGCAUUGCCAACUUCACCAACGUUGCUGCUACUUUCAAGGGCAUUGUGAGGGCCAUCAAAGACUACCAGGGCCCCCUGAAGGAACACGAGGUCACCAUCUUUGUGCGCCGUGGUGGCCCCAACUACCAGGAGGGACUGAGGGUGAUGGGAGAAGUGGGGAAGACCACCGGUAUACCCAUCCACGUCUUUGGCACAGAGACCCAUAUGACUGCUAUUGUUGGCAUGGCACUGGGCCAUCGGCCAAUCCCCAACCAGCCCCCCAUGGCUGCUCACACGGCUAACUUCCUGCUCAACUCCAGUGGCAGUGCCUCGACCCCAGCCCCCAGUAGGACUGCCUCCUUUUCCGAGCCAAGAGCAGCCAAUGACGCCACACCUGCAAAAAAGUCCAAGCCGGGCGUCCCACCAGCCACUGCUCAUUGCCCCACUUGGUCACUGAAGAGUGCUUUCGCAGGAGAUACCCAAGAACAGCAGGCCUCAUCAGACCGAGCCGGAGCUAAAGCCACCACGCUCUUCAGCAAGCACACCAAGUCCAUUGUGUGGGGUAUGCAGACGCGUGCAGUGCAGGGUAUGCUGGACUUCGACUACAUCUGUUCCCGGGACGAGCCCUCAGUGGCCGCCAUGGUCUACCCUUUCACUGGAGACCAUAAGCAGAAGUUCUACUGGGGUCACAAGGAGAUCCUUAUCCCAGUGUACAAGAACAUGGGUGACGCCAUGAAGAAGCACCCUGAGGUGGAUGUGCUCAUCAGCUUUGCCUCCCUUCGCUCCGCCUUCGACAGCACCAUGGAGACAAUGCAGUACCCCCAGAUCCACACCAUCGCCAUCAUUGCAGAGGGAAUUCCUGAGGCCCAGACCAGGAAGCUCAUCAAGAAGGCAGAUGAGAAGGGUGUGACCAUCAUUGGCCCAGCUACGGUUGGUGGAAUCAAACCUGGCUGCUUCAAGAUCGGUAACACUGGGGGCAUGCUGGACAACAUCCUGGCCUCCAAGCUGUACCGUCCUGGCAGUGUGGCCUAUGUGUCACGUUCUGGUGGAAUGUCAAACGAGCUCAACAACAUCAUCUCACGCACAACUGAUGGCGUCUUCGAGGGCGUGGCUAUUGGUGGCGACAGGUACCCAGGCUCCACAUUCAUGGACCACGUGCUGCGCUACCAGGACACCCCUGGAGUGAAGAUGAUUGUGGUAUUGGGGGAGAUUGGAGGCACGGAGGAGUACAGGAUCUGCCAGGGCAUCAAGGAGGGCAGGAUCACCAAACCUGUGGUUUGCUGGUGCAUUGGCACCUGUGCCACCAUGUUUUCCUCAGAGGUGCAAUUCGGCCAUGCGGGGGCCUGUGCCAACCAGGCGUCAGAAACGGCAGUGGCCAAAAACCAGGCCUUGCGGGAUGCCGGAGCCUACGUCCCCAAGAGUUUUGAUGAGCUGGGGGACGUCAUCAGGACGGUUUACGACGACCUCGUUGCCAAUGGUAUCAUCGUUCCUGCACAGGAGGUGCCUCCUCCAACAGUGCCUAUGGACUACUCCUGGGCAAGGGAGUUGGGCCUGAUCCGCAAGCCUGCCUCCUUCAUGACCAGCAUUUGUGAUGAGCGGGGCCAGGAGCUUAUCUAUGCCGGCAUGCCUAUUACUGAGGUCUUCAAGGAGGAGAUGGGCCUUGGAGGAGUGCUGGGGCUGCUGUGGUUCCAGCGAAGGUUGCCACGGUACGCAUGCCAGUUCAUUGAGAUGUGCCUGAUGGUAACAGCGGACCAUGGGCCCGCCGUGUCUGGUGCUCACAACACCAUCGUCUGUGCCCGCGCUGGCAAGGACCUGAUCUCCAGCCUCACAUCAGGCCUGCUCACCAUCGGUGACCGCUUUGGAGGGGCCCUGGACGCUGCUGCCAAGCAAUUCAGCAAGGCCUUCGACAGCGGCCUGCUGCCCAUGGAGUUUGUCAACAAGAUGAAGAAGGAAGGCAGGCUGAUCAUGGGCAUCGGCCACAGGGUCAAGUCGAUCAACAAUCCAGACAUGAGAGUCCAGAUCCUGAAAGACUUUGUGAAGCAGCAUUUUCCCGCCACCCAGCUGCUGGACUAUGCCCUAGACGUGGAGAAGAUCACCACAUCCAAGAAACCCAACCUCAUCCUGAACGUGGAUGGCUUCAUUGGGGUGGCCUUCGUGGACCUGCUCAGGACCUGUGGCGGAUUCACACGAGAUGAGGCCGAUGAGUUUGUGGAGAUCGGGGCUCUGAAUGGAAUAUUCGUCCUGGGCCGCAGCAUGGGAUUCAUUGGACACUACUUGGACCAGAAGAGACUGAAGCAGGGCCUGUACCGACACCCUUGGGAUGACAUCUCGUACGUGCUUCCAGAACACAUGUCCAUGUAACUAUGGCCACUCUAGAGCCAGUCCAUCCUGGAGGGCAAAGCCAAGUACCACAGCUUUCACUUCUGUCUCCAUCACUGCUGCUGGAAAGGAGGAGAGGGUGGGUGGGGAAGGGUAUUUGGUGGAGGGACACUUUGGGCAGAGGGGUAGUUAUUCACCAGUUCUUCAAAACGCACUGCAGAAAAGGAAGCAUGACUAUUGACAACAUAACGGAAGCAGUGAUGUCACCUAUUGUAUCACUGAACAACCAACCAAACUAUGCGCAACCCAAUGCAAGCUAAAACAGUGGGGUCACACCAGGAAGAAUACAGGAAUGAGAGGCAGUUGCAGGGUGAGGAUCUUCAGUUUUUAUGACCACAUUAGGUGGCACAAGAGGGACAGAGACCUCGUUCAUGGCCCAGCUUUAUCGUCUGUCACUUCGCUGCAUUUGUGGAACCCAAUGGCAUCAUCUUGUACUCGUGUAGACACAGUUGGCUGUUCUCUCAUCCACUGUCACAACUACUUGUUCUGUAAUUAUUACUUCUAUAACUCUAUACUAGCACGAUUAACCUACUGCGUAGAAAUGAAUGCUUGUGUUUCCUUGUGCAUUCUUCAGAGUUGAGCUGUUUAAGUCAAAAGCAUGCUGUCCUGUCCGAGUGACUCGUACUACAAUCUGAUCAGCCACUUGCAGAUCUAGGAGAAUAGUUUUCUAUAUAGAGAGAGGUGUAUGAAUUAAUAAAUGUGCAAAAGAAAAAUGGACAUAGUAAAAAUAGCAUAUGAAUGUAAAUGCAGAACUAAUAUGUUCGCCACUACCGUAGUUGCAGAGUGGUAAGAUGUGCUAUGUUCACGUCGAUCCUGACUUCCCUCUGGGUCCACUGCUGCUCAUUUCCUCCAGGGACUUGUGAGCAUGGACAUGAUUAUCAUAGGGAAGAGGCUGCCAGUGUGGAGUAUCUGAGCCUUCCUCUGUGGCUGUUGAAUAAAUGAUGCAAAUUCCUUCCCUCUGUCCACCAUUUAAAGCUGAAUGACACUGGGCGUUAUUUAUUAAAUAUUCACUCCAUCUGAAAUUUACCGCCUUUUUUUAGUUAACAAGUAUGUAUAAUUUAAAACAAAAAUGUGUCCUAACAUGUCACGGAUGGUCAUUUUUGAGUUGCCAAACUAAAAUGUUCACUGUCUGUUUUGUGAAGUCCUUACCUGAUGUGAAUUCAAUUGACAAAAGACAAAAGGUGUUUUUCAUUAGCUCUUGAUUUUAUCUGCUAGCUACCUCUAAGAAACAUGUAACUUAUCCUGUUAAAGCCACCCCAGGGGUUCUCCUCUUUAAAAAAAUGGAAUGGUGGUAGAUGAACGUGACGAUGACUCGUUGAAUAAGGCCCAGUGAGUCUUAACGUACCAUUAAGAGGGACCAUCGUAAUCAAGGCAUUUCCAGGUUAUCUUGACGUGGCUUUUUGUUGGCAAGCAUGAUCUCCUUGUGCUAUUAACUAUGUGAACUGUGAGGAUUUCAAACAAGAACCAGUCUGUGUUUAGUGGUGCAUUUUUUGGUCCAUGCUUCUACUUCCGCUUCUGCAGAUGUUCAGUGGAUCAUCAACACUGUCUAAAGAAUAUCAGCCUGCUAUGUUCUUUUUUUAUAUGUUUUACUGUUUUAUUUGAUUUGAAAUAAAUGUGCUUCUGUAUUGUUAUUGUAAUUAAUAUAAUAUUAAUAUCUCCAAACUGUAAUAUUGUAGUUUAAUAAAGAACUUCUUGGCUAA